AUGCAAAAGGAAGAUCUCGGAUAUGAAAAAACCGUCAAUACUAAGAAACCACCCAUAAAAUCUACCAAUGGAGGCAGACUGCUUAUUUCAGAGAACGUAUUGGAUGCCGAAUCACAGCGAUAUUAUGUAUGGGCCAUGUUUAUAUUGAUACAGGCAUGGAAAGGAUACGAAUUGUUUCUCAUCCAUAAUAACGGCAUACUUGAAAAAUCAGCCAACACUUUAACGGAAAACGGAUGGUCAUUGUUCAGUUUCUUGAACCCAAAACUUUCAUUCCUAUUCAAGUACUUCUUUUUGGAUAGUCUCUUCAUUCUGGCUAUACCCUUCUUGAACAUCCCACAACUCACUUUUACUCCUACUUUUAGUUUGAUGGUGCUUUUCGGUAUCAACGCAUUAACGCUUUUGUUAACGUUCAGUAUCAAUUUUUCAAUAACCUCAUUGUUGUAUCCAAUUUAUCGUUCAAUAGUACCGGAGAAGGAAUUGGCAAUCAUGGAAAAAUACAUGGUUACAGAUGAAAUAAUCAAUCAAUCACAACACUUUAAAGGUAAGAAGACAAUCAGAUAUGCACCAGACUCUUCGAUUAAGAUCAAUCCGUUUAAUCAGCAAUUUUGUAUUCGUCCUAUUAAAAAUGAGAAAAUAAAAAUACCGGUAAAAGUGGAAUCAACUUACGACUUGAAAUAUUUACAAAUCAAUUAUCGUGAUUUCAAUAGUAUUGAUACUGUCUUGAAUUACACUCAAAGGGAACUAAAAAGCUUUGUUGUUAGUGAUUACUAUAAUUCACCUUACGUAAGGUAUGACCCAACAGUGUUGGCAGAUUCAAACAUUCAGCUAUUAGAAAUACCCAUAGAUAGAGCGGGUUAUUAUUCAAUCAAAUUAGCCACAGAUAAGAAAGAAAAACAAAUAAGGUCAUAUAGGUCAGAUACCAUCAUUCCAGUGUGCCCAGAAGCCUCCUUUGUUGAGAAGAAACCCCAUUCAAUGGAUAGGUGUAUUGGUGAGAGCUUAGAUGAUUUAGAAAUUUCCGUAUUAGGGGUGCCUCCAUUUACCUUAUACUAUGAAGAGGAAAUUGACGGUAAACUAUCCAAAUUGCCGCCAACCACCGUGUUUUCUUCAAGAAAAAUAGAUUCUCCCCUAAACUCCAAAGAUUUUCAGAGCAAACAAGGUCAUGCUAAAUUUGCCUCUCAUUAUUUGCAAGAUAUUAGCUGGGCGAAGAGUUAUAAUGUUGUUGUUCCAUUAGGAGAAAAGAGGCUACAAAAGCCAGGUAAAUACAUCUACACUAUUAAUAAAAUCGUGGAUGGCUUUGGUAAUGUAGUGACCUACACUCCUCAUCCGAAUGAUAAAUCUACCUUUUCUUCAUUUAUUUCUCAUCCACAAUCUGUGCUGAAGUUGGUAGAUCCUGAUCCAACGACUCCGAUUCUGCUCAAUCACAAUAAAUACCUUAACUUGUUAAUAUCAAACGUCGACUCUGAAAGUCCUUUUGAAGUUACUUUCCAGUAUACCCCAGAAGAGAAAGAUGCCGUUAAUAUGCUCGGAACAUUCACCAAGGUUUUUGAUGCCAAGGGGAACAAAAGUAUAUUAGCAGACAAACCAGGUACAUACUCAACCAUCAAAGGUAACAGUAAAUACUGUCCAUGUAAGAUUGAGACACCUAGUCUCAAUGUUCCUCUAGCUAAAUUGCCAAGUAUGGAUGUGAAAUUGGACCCGAUUGUUGAUGGCUGUGUUGGCACUACGGGUUUCAAGUUUAUUUUUGAUUUCUUAGGUAAUGCACCAUUUGAGAUUGGUUAUAAAAUCUCCAAACUUGAUCCAAAUGACUCGAGAAAAGUGUUAAGGAUCGAAAAAGUAGCCUCAAUAAGAUCAGAGUCGUCAUCGUUGGAACAUAUCUUUAAACCGUCCACUGAAGGAUCAUAUUCAAUUGAAUUCAUGUCUUUGAGUGACAAGUAUUACAAAAAACACGUCGUGUAUAUGGAAGGAGAGCAUCGGUAUGUUACCUACUUUAAACAGAGGCCAAAGGCUUAUUUUUCCAAAAACAAAUUAGUUCAGAGAAUCAAAUGCUGCCAUGGUGGUGCAUCUGAUGUUGUUCUUAAUAUAGAAGGGAAACCUCCAUUUAACGUUACCUAUGAAAUCAUGUCGCCUGAUCAAAAUAUUGAAUUUUUCACCUUAAAUAAUAUCUUUGAAAAGAAAGUUAAAAUUCAUACGCCAAAUUUUAACAAAGGGGGUGAACAUAUUUUGUCCUUGAGGAGUGUUAAUGACUCUAGCGAAUGUGAUGUUGAAUUUAGAGGACAAGAAAUCCAUAUUGAUGUUAAGAGAGACGUCCCCGAGCUAAGUUUUUAUAAAGAUGGAUCUUUUGAAAUUGUGAAGGGAAAAUCUUUUAAUGUUCCUCUAAAUUACCAUUCUUCGGGGUUGGUUGAUUUAGUAUACUCCUACAGCUCAUUUGAUAAUAAGGAAAAUCAACUGUUCACAUUGAAUAGCUUUGAUCCACGAAGAGGUUUGGAUUUUUCAAAGGAAGGUGUUUACAAAUUAGUCAGGUUUAAACACGACGGAUGUCCGGGUAAAAUCACAAAUGAUUACGAACUCAGGAUUCAAUACAAGUCAAUGCCGUCACUCUCUAUUAUUGAGGGCCAAUCAUUGAAACAAUAUUCUGAUAAUGUAUUUGACAAAUCGAAAGUUUGCCAAAAUCAAAACGAUAAUAUUCUUUUCAAGGCUAACGGGGAAGCACCUUUUAUCAUUGUGUAUGAUGUUUUAUACCCAAAUGGAAAUGUUCAAACAGAAAUGGAACAAAUCAAUAAUGAUAACUUCAGCUUAGAGCUAGCUGCAACUGAGAGUGGUAUAUAUAAGUACACAAUAAAAGAAAUAUUCGACUCAAUCUAUACUGAUAAUGUUGUUAGCUAUUUGAAAAGGUCUAGUGGCUACAAUUUCAAGAAAUUAGAGAUUAGACAUGAGGUUGCGGCAUUACCCGAGGCUCGUUUUUUGGAUAACAAAGCCAAGAUUCAAACUUGCGUUUCUAACUUAGAUAAUUUAUCGCAACUUGACCCAAUUCAUAUUCAGGUCGAUGGUGCAUUGCCAGUCUCGUUAAAGGUCGACAUCUAUCACGAGGCUGACGGUUCAUUAGAGGUGAUAGACUUUGAAAAUAUUCAAACAAACCAGGUUGAUCUUUUAAGUGUUUAUGAAAAUCUAGGAUUAGGUACUCAUGUUUUAACCUUUAACCAGGUAAUCGAUGCAAAUGGCUGUGUUUCUGAUGAAGGUAUAUUGCAAGAACAAUCUCUUACAAUUCAGGUGAAUGAUAUCCCCAAAAUACGACACUUGGUAGAAGGCUCCAAUCAGCUAGUUGAUCUCAGAUUUUCAGAGUUUUCAAACUACUAUUGUGUGGGUGAUCAGAUUAGUUACAUUUUAAAUGGGAUCCCUCCUUUUAGUAUUGAUUAUGAGUUUAAUUCUGUUGCUCAGCAUGUUACUGUCCAAGGAAACUAUUUUAAGCGUAGGGCUCCAGGUCCAGGUGUGCUGAACAUCAAGUCAUUAUCAGAUUCUUCUGCAAGAGAAUGCAGAGUCGAUUAUGCGGAGCUAAAGAGAGAGGAUUUGAAGGCAUACAUAUAUGACUUACCCUCCGUGGAAAUUGUUCAAGGAGAUAGCGUUGAGGAAGACAUCCACGAAGGUGAACAAGUAGAUAUUACGUUCUUAUUGACCGGUACGCCGCCAUUCAAAUUAACUUAUAUCAGAAGAGAAUUGGAUGAUACUUCGAAAAUUGUGGAAACUGAGGUUGUUGAAGAUAUCAUGUCCAAUGAGUACCAUAUAAUGGCAAACUUAGAAGGUACUUACGAGGCAAUAGAAAUCCAGGACAAAUUUUGUAUUGCAAGAAACGAAAAGAUUUAG